ACGUCGAACGUGGAGGGCGUGGCCGCUCUGUGAAAUGUCAGGGAGGAAUGGCGCUCGGCGCGGUAUUUUGAACAAUUGCCUUUUCCUUUCCUCGGUUUAUUUGGAAACGCUGCCCAGCAUUAAAAUCUCGGGGGUAACUGAGAGCUAAGACGCAAUAAGCAUGGAUGUGGUGUCGCCAGAGCUCAACAGCCUCCUUCCUGAUGAAAUCAUGGAUACCGAGGCCAUAGAGGAAAUCCCUCACUCCCAGUCUGAUGGCAGUGCCAGCCAGUCAGAGCCCACAUCUGACUUGUCUGUCCCAAUGGAAACCGAUGCUCCUGUGUCAUCAGAAAGUUUAAGCAUCUGUUCAAAUGCCACCUCACUGGAGCACAUUCAGACUGCGGCCACUCCUGCAGCUGCAGAUUCCACCGUCCUCCCUGGAAGUCAGCCUUCCAUCACAAUUUCCACUUCAUCGACCUUAUUUACCAUCAAACCAGCCAUGGCUACUUCUACAGCUAAGACCAAAACUACAGAAAGCGUCACUGGGACUACAAUUUCCACGACUGGCAUGCAGAAGCUCACAGCUCCGUUUGCCAUUUCUGCAGCCAACCACCAGAUCAUUCUUAAUAAGUUAGCUUCUUCUCAGGCCUCGGAAGCAGCGAAAGCUGCAGGUACUCCAUCCCAAGUCAUCAAACAAGAUGGCCAAAAACUUUUGGUUACAGCAAUUGGGAAAACAGGGCAGCCAAUUGUGCUCCAAUUACCCCACACAGGCAGCAAAUCUGGGGUUUCACAGACUUCAGGAGACACAAAGUCUCCAACACCGCAGUUUAAAGUGGUGACUAUAGGUGGGAGAGAACUGAAACCAGUGGUAGGGAGCACUGGAAACCAGGUGACCACAUUACAGGCCCAGCAGCUGAAGACUGUGCAGAUCCCCAAGAAAACGCCGGCAUCCUCAGCUGCUCCCAUCAAGUUUAUCAUUACAAAGACGGUAAACAGCAAAGGUCUGAGUCCGCAGACGUCAGUAACUCCUGUUAUCCCAGGACACGUCAUGACACAAACCCAGGCGAUGUCGCCAAAAACAAUUACUCUGUCUGAGUCCCACAACACUACGAUACAGAGCUUUCCUGGCAAAAAGAUCGCAAUUUCGCCUCUCAAGAGCCCCAGCAAGGUGACGGUGGUGUCUGUGGCUUCCCCAACUUCAAACCCCAGUCAGAAAUCCGUAGCUCUGCCGGUCAAUGUAGCACUUAGCCAGCAAAUCCUGGCAGUCCAGCAGUCGACGCCUGCUUCUCCAGUCAAGGUGGCCACCAGCCAAUCAACAGCACAGAGCAUUAAACCUGUCCAGUCUGUCGGCGUGGGGGGCGGCUCCCAGUUCAAGACCAUCAUCCCUCUGGCCACCCAGCCGAACGUGCAGCAGAUUCAGGUUCCAGGAAGCAGGUUUCAUUACGUCCGCCUCGUCACUGCGACCACGGCCAGCAGCGGCGGCCAGCCCAGCACCGUUAACACCAGCUCCGUAGCGACAGGUAAACCUUUGGUGGUAAACACAGGAACCGUGAGGAUGUCUGUUCCUGUCGUCCAAGCACAGACGAUGAAACAGGUUGCACCCAAGCCUUUAACAUCAGCACCACAGGUAGUCACAGCCACUCAGAACCAGCAGCGCCUCAUUAUGCCGGCCACUCCUCUCCCUCAGAUCCAGCCGAACUUCAACCUGCCGCCAGGCACGGUCCUUGCAUCGGCCACCGGCGGCAGCAAUGUGGGUUACGCAGUCGUUCCAGCACAGUACGUCACCCAGCUCCAGCAGUCGCAGUUUGUGACACUUGCCAGCAGCUCUGGUUUCCAGGCGUCCAGCAGCAUCCAAACUCAGGCCAAACUCCCUUACAACGGACACAUUACUGCCACCAGCUGUGUGUCAGCAACAGAGACGACCUCGAGACCCAGGAAACCGUGCAACUGCACCAAGUCCCAGUGCCUCAAACUGUACUGCGACUGCUUUGCAAACGGAGAGUUUUGUAAUAACUGCAACUGCAACAACUGCUUCAACAACCUGGAGCAUGAAAUGGAUCGACUUAAAGCCAUCAAGACGUGUUUGGACAGAAAUCCGGAGGCCUUUAAACCUAAAAUCGGUAAAGGCAAAGAGGGCGAGUCGGACCGCCGGCACAGCAAAGGCUGCAACUGCAAGCGAUCGGGCUGCCUGAAGAACUACUGCGAGUGCUACGAGGCGAAGAUUAUGUGCUCGUCCAUUUGUAAAUGCGUCGGCUGCAAGAACUUCGAGGAGAGCCCGGAGAGGAAGACGCUAAUGCAUCUGGCUGAUGCUGCAGAAGUGAGGGUCCAGCAGCAGACCGCAGCCAAGACUAAGCUGUCCUCACAGAUCUCCGAUCUGCUGAUGAGGACCGCUCCCAUUAUUUCAAGUGGAGGCGGGAGGCUUCCGUACACGUUUGUAACAAAGGAGGUGCUUGAAGCGACGUGCGAGUGUUUACUGGAGCAGGCCAAGCGGGCCGAUCAGACCCGUCAGCCUCAGGCAGAAGCAGAGAGGAUGAUCCUGGAGGAGUUCGGACACUGCCUCAUGAGCAUUAUCGCCUCUGCUGGGAAAGCUAAAGUAGACUGUGCCUCCAUCAACUGCUAGGCUGAGCUCCUCUCACGCACACACCAAUAGACUGCUCCCCAUUGAAAGCGUGGAUAUCCUCCCACCUUAGGCUGCUGGAGCGAAGACGGACUCAGAUCUGAGCAGUUUGGACUGUUCAGCUGCUUUGAGCUGGAAAACAAAAAGAAAAAAACUAAAGGUUGUCUGUGAUGCACAGAAAGAACCGGAGCAGAACCUGAACCUCGGCUGGUUCCCGCCCUCUAAGGGCCCAUGAGACUGGUUCUCUCCUCCUGUUUUUAUUUUGUAUAUUCUACCCUUUGUCCUCCUGAGGUUUUCCAAGAAUCCCUGUAAUUUUAAUGUCUGUUUAUUUGUGCUUAUAGUAGACGAACAGAACACGUAUCUUUUGAUAUUUAUUUUAACAAAUCUUUGUAAUCAGUAUGAGUGCUAACUUGCAAAGUUUAGAUUCCUGCAGUCUGAUUAUUAACCAAGGCUAGGCUACAGGUAUGGGGGGUUUCUACACAUGUACAGACCCAGAGGACCCUCCUCCUAGCAGCUGAGUUCCACUUCUCUCCUGGUGCUUUUUGAUGCUUUAUUAAACGCGCUCCAUAUAAAACCCUCGAUCCACAUAGCCGACGUUCCAGAAGCUGCAGUAAGCUGAUAAUCCACCGGAUCCACCCUGCUUUACACCGACUCUAUCUGACUUCAAUCUAGUUUUAAUUUGUAAAAAUACCUACCACUCAGAUCCUCCAGAAUUUUAACAACUAGACUUGAAUAAAAACUCCCUUUAGGUUAAAGCCAGAUUCACUACGCUGUGGUUCCCCAGUCUCGCCUGCUUCAUUUGUUAAAUAAAGAACAAAUCAAACUUGUCCACCUGUUAA